AUGUCGGAGCCGAAGGUCAUUUUUAGCUACAAUGUUGGGAUCAGCGCGUGCGAGAAGGGCGAGCAGUGGCAGUGGGCUUUGACGAUGCUAGGGGAGAUGCGGGAGGCGAAGCUGGAACUCAACGUCUUCAGCUACACCGCCGCGAUCAGCGCGUGCGGGACGGGCAAGCAGUGGCAGCGGGCUUUAGCGCUGCUGAUGGAGAUGUGCAGGGCGAAGCUGGAACCCGACAUUAUCAGCUACAGCGCUAGUACCAGCGCGUGCGAGAAGGGCGCGCAGUGGCAGCGGGCUUUGGCGCUGCUCAGCGAGAUGUGUGAGGUGAAAUUGAAGCCCGACGUCAUGAGCUACAAUGUUGGGAUCAGCGCUUGUGGGAAAUGCCAGGAGUGGCGGCGGGCUUUGGCGUUGCUCUGGGAAAUGGCAGGGUCGAGAUUGCAGCCCAACGUCAUCACCUGCUCUGCUGGGAUCAGCGCGUGCGAGAGAAGUGGGCAGUGGCGGCAGGCGCUGUCGCUACUAAGCGACACGAGGGAAGCACAAGUGGAGUUGGAGACAAACAUGUACAGAAGCGUAAUCCCCAUGUGCGAGCAAGGUGGUGAAUGGGAGCGGUCGUUGUCAUUGUUGGGCGAGUUGUGGGAGGCGAGAAGAUGGUGCUGA